AUGACGGUAAAUAAAAUUAUGCAAGCUGAGACGAUCAAAACAGAAAACCAAGAGCUCAGAGAGGGGGUGCAUAUAGGCGCUGUCAAGAACAAAAAGCCACAAAAGCAGAAAAGUAGUCGAGAACAAAGGAAUCGACCAGAAAAAAAGAAAAACAGAAACAAAUGUAUGCGCUGUGGUAAAGAACCAAGCCAUCCCAGAACAGAAUGUCCAGCCAACAACCAAAAAUGCAGAAAAUGUCGACUGAUUGGUCACUAUGGGUCUGAGUGCCGAACGAAACGAAUUAAUGAAAAUGUACAAGCAGAUCAAAGUAGCACUGACAACAGUGACUACGAGCUUUAUCGAGUUAUUAAGGUGGACAGAGUGCAGCGAUCCAGCCGGUUUCGCAUGACUCUCAACUGUGGUGAAAUAAAAUUAGUCUUUAAACUUGACACAGGGGCUGAGGAAUCGGUCAUAACCUCAAAAGACUAUGAAGAGAAAUUAAAAAAUCAUUACAGAUUGAAACCUACUCGAACAGUAUUAGCAGGUUUGGGCCAAAACAGAUGUCCCGUGCUGGGAAAAAUAAAAAUUCCCUUAGAAAUAGGUGGGAGACAAGAAGUCAUUAAAGCCUACGUCGCUGACACGAACGAAAACCUUCUGGGAGAACCAGCUUUGCUGAAACUACAGAUCGUACAGCGGUUGGGAAACGAGAUAAAAAUGAUCGAUCAAGUGAGGCUAGAAAAUAAGCGAUCAACCAAAGAAGAAAUUCUCGCAAAAUGGCCUGAAGUAUUCAAAGUUUCAUUCUCCAUUGCGACACCCAGGAGAAUACCCCUUCCGUUAGUGAAGCAAGUGGAAAAAGAAAUAAACAAAAUGGUGACACAAAAAGUGAUCGAACGUGUGGACAGUCCAACAGAGUGGUGUGCACCUAUGGUGGUAGCACAAAAGAAAAACGGUAAAGUACGUGUGUGUGCAGACUUUACGCAAUUAAAUCAGUUCGUGAGACGCGAACGGUAUCAGCUCCCAUCAGUGGACGAAACGCUUGCCAAAUUGAGGGAAGCCAAGUUAUUUUCGAAAUUAGAUUUCUCUUCCGGGUUUUGGCAACUGGAAAUUACACCGGAAUCACGAAAAUACACCGCGUUCAUAACACCUUUUGGAAGAUACAUGUAUCGAAGAAUACCUUUCGGUAUAACAUCGGCUCCAGAAAUAUUUCAAAAAACACUGUAUGGAAUAAUACAAGAACUUCAGUCUGACUGGAUACACGUGCAUGCUGACGAUAUUCUAGUCACGGGCAGAAACAGUCAAGAACACAAUGAAAAUUUGGACAAAGUGCUAACAGUAGUGAAGAAACACGGUUUAACGCUCAACAAAGACAAAUGUGAAUUCAACAAAUCAGAAACCUCUUACUUGGGAUAUGUUGUUGGAGCGGAAGGUAUCAAAAUUGACCCAAAAAGCAUAGCAGCUAUUCGUGACUAUCCAGCACCCAACAACCCAACAGAAGUCAAACGAUUUCUUGGUAUGGUAAAUUAUGUCGCGAAAUUUAUUAGCAAUGUUGCCGAGAAAACCAAGUAUCUACGAGAGACGAUAAAAAACAGCACGUCAUUUGUAUGGACAGAAAAACACGAGGAAGAAUUCCAGAAUUUAAAGGAAACUAUAGCAUCAGCUCCCGUAUUAGCUAAAUAUGACGUCGACAAACCAACACGAGUCGCAGCCGACGCCUCAGCAUUUGGAAUUGGAGCUGUGUUGGAACAACAGCUAAAUGACGACAACUGGAAACCAGUGUACUUUUGUUCCAAAACCUUAAGUGACGCGGAGCAACGGUAUGCUCAGAUCGAAAAAGAAGCACUCGCAGCCACGUGGGCAUGCGAACGGUUAGAGCAAUUUCUCAUAGGAUCGCGUUUUUUAGUGCUAACGGACCACAAACCGCUGUUAGUGAUAUUAACGACGAAAGAAAUUAAUAAACUCUCCAACCGAUUACAAAGACUAAGAAUGCGGUUGUUAAAGUUUAAUUAUGAUGUGCAAUACGUCCCGGGAAAAACAUUCCAUGUACCCGACGCGUUAUCUCGCGCACCUCUACACGAAGGCGUCCGCGACGGCGAUUCAGCGCUUAAGGACCAGGAAAUAUAUAUCAACGCAGUGUUGACAGAACUAUCAUCGAGUUCCUGCUCAGAAGAGGUGGUACGGAAACAUCAGGAGGAAGAUCAAGAAAUGCAACUAUUGAAGAAAUUUGUAGUAGAAACAUGGCCAGGAAAACCACCUACUGCCGUGACACCAUACUUUAAAUUUCGUAACGAAUUAAAAAUCCACAAUAACCUAAUCUGUUAUAGAGAUCGCUUAGUAAUUCCCAGGGCCCUCCGCAAGCAAUGUUUGCGAGUACUACACGAUGGACACCUGGGCACGCCCAAAUGUCUGGAAAAAGCGAAGACAACAGUUUGGUGGCCUGAAAUACGCCGACAUCUGAAGGAUAUGGUUGAAAACUGCGAGACUUGUAUCAAGCACCGCCAGCCUGUAGUCGAGCCGAUGAUCCCUUCCACAGUACCAUCCCGUCCGUGGAAAGUCCUAGGUGCGGACCUCGCCUACUACAAUGGAAAGAAUUACCUAGUGGUGCAGGACUAUUACUCGAAAUACCCUGAAAUUCGCAAGCUGAAAAAACUGACUAGCUUAGAAACAAUAGAAUAUCUCAAGGACAUAUUCUCGCACCAUGGAAUUCCGGAAGAAUUAAGAAGCGAUAACGGUAAACAGUUCGACAGCCUCGAGUUCAGAACUUUUGCCAAGGACUACGGAUUUCGAUGGGUGAGCAGCAGCCCGGAAUUCCAGCAGAGUAAUGGACAAGCAGAAAGUGCAGUCAAACUAUUGAAAACCAUCUUGAAGAAGAACGAGGAUCCAUUUCUGGGCAUGCUGGCCUACAGAAAUACUCCCUUAUCCUGCGGAGCCUCCCCAGCCCAGCUGUUGUUUGGCAGGCAGUUACGGGACAGGGUGCCAGCAAUAAGCAGAAGAUUGGUACCAAAGCUGCCAAACCAUCAAGCAAUUAGGAGAGAAAUGGAGGCAGAAAAACAACGACAAAAACAUCACUACGAUAGACGGCAUCGCACGAAAGAUAAUGCGGAGCUGAAGGCUGGUGAUCGAGUGUGGCUUAUUCAUCGAAAAGAAGAGGGAAUGGUGCAGACGCCAGAUGAAACACCAAGAUCAUACUGGGUAAAGACUCCUCAUGGCCAGGUCAGAAGAAACCGACAACACUUGCAAAAACUACCAGAGCUGGGUGAAAAUCCCCCAAGAAAUUCUGAGCCAGAGAUCAUGUCUUCACCAACCAACAAACAACCAAAAACGCCAACACCUCCCGUCUCUGCGAGACCAAACCGCACAAAAAAACCACCAGGCAGAUUUAAAGAUUUUGUGAUAAAUUAA